AUGGCUUCCAACAUUUCAUUGAAUUAUCUCCAAUACCUGGAGGAGUACGAACCGGACCUAGGAGACGACAACGAAUCGCUCGCAUCGUUAGAAACCGACGACGGCGAAGACCAUCCUCCUGAGAAGAUCAUCGCUGAGAUCACUGUGAAGAACGGCAAUAAAUGGUAUUUGGUCAAGUGGAAGGAUUGCCCGGUUCUAAGGUCUAGCUGGGAAGGGGGGGAAUUGUUCGACGAUUGUCCUAAGGUUUGGGAUGCGUGGUUAGUUGAGAAGCAGCAGCAGGCCGAAGGCAAAUCGAAACCUCUGGACGUCGCAGCGUUUAACAAGGCUGUCCUGAACCUCGAAGUGGCGGAAAGUCAGCGACGGACCCUGAGGAGACUAAGGCGGAAAGUCAAGCGUGUCCUUUCCAGUCUUGAGACUUGA